CUUUCUUAACUUUUCAAUAGAUUAGUUCACGUGUACGUAUUCAAAGUAAUAUCAGUUGAUGGUCUAGUUUGGGAUGGCAAUCCACUAAUCGUUAAAUUAUAGAAAAUAUUUUGUUCUGCAUUCUAUUUCAAGAUAUGUUUUUGUUUAUGGGACGCAUAUCCGCUGCGACGAUGUUUCUGCGGCGUACAAGUUGUUCGUUGUUCCGUACCUCCAGCGUAGGUUCAGUUUCAAUGCUGUCCACAGCAACAGCAAGGCCAGCAUUCAUACUGGAAGAUUUUCGAACGUCAGAAUCCAACUCAACGAAGCACAACAAGUCACACCUGUCGCGAUAUUAUUCUAUUCCAAUCGAGCACCAGAAGCGGAUUUUCACUUAUGGCGGAUUUCCAAAAACCUUCCAGAAACAGAUUAAAACUUUCAAUGAAGCAAGCAUAAUGGUGCGCAAACCCGCGGUAGAGAUUAUAAAUUAUUUGAAUUGCACUGAUUUCAAGCAACCUGCCAAUCGAUAUGUGUUAUACGGGAAUGAUGGUACCGGUAAGUCAAUGAUUCUUGCACAUCUUCUCCAUUACGGGUUCACACAGCAGUUUGUACUUGUCCAUGUCCCUUGGGUUCCGAAUUGGAUGAAGCGCGUAAAGGAAGUUGCUAAUUCCACUACACAUGAGGGUUGUUUGGAUCUUCCGCUAGAUGGAGCCGCAUGGUUGGCACAUUUCAAACAUCAAAAUGCACAACUAUUAUCGAAACUGAAUUUAACUGUGAGCAAGGAUUAUUUCUGGAGUAAACGAGAAACAACACUCGCUGGUGCCAAUCUUAUGGAUUUGGUUGAUCAUGGAAUUAAUCGAGCCAAAUUUUCCUGCGAUGCAAUUGCUGCACUGCUGCAGGAAUUGAAACAACAGUCGACCCAAGGAAAGGUGAAAACCAUGGUCAUAAUUGAUGGUUAUAAUGCAUUUUUUCAUCCGCAUACACGAAUUUUCACCGAGAAUAAAGUUCGUGUGACACCUGAUAAGUUAACGAUCACGCAACCGUUCCUGGAUAUAACAAAUCACGACUGGUCUAAUGGAGUUUGUAUAAUAGCGGUCGAUAAAAUGGCCCUUACCGAUGAUCAUAUGGAGUCGGAGCUACCGAUGUAUUUACUCCGGAGAAAAGGUUUUGAACAUUUAGACCCCUUUGUCCCGAUCAGGGUAGACAAUUACUCGGAGGAAGAGUUUCAUAGUUGUGUGCAGUACUAUCUGAAUCGGAAAUGGAUCCAGACCACGACGGACGGUUUCGAUAAGGAGUUAGAGUUUCUUAGUGGGAAAAAUCCAUACAAGAUAAUGCAGUUGUGUGCUAGUUUAUAAAUCGGAAACAGUCCAACAAAAUUGUCAUACCCAUGCGAUUAAAAGAUUUCUGAAUAAAUAAAUGAAAAAACAUCUCAAACUUA